CAGGAGGGCGUAGGACCCGCAGCUCCUUCCAUUUUUAGAGAAGCUACCGUGCGGUGGCGGGAAAGAUUCCUCUUCCCUGGGGGACAGUGGGUGAUGCUGAGGGUGUCAAUGCUCUGACGACUGGACACCAGCCCCCAAGUUUUCACCUGGAAGGAGAUCAAUGGAUAUCAUAAGGGGAAACUUAGAUAGAAUUUCAAAACCAGCCUCAAAUUCAAGAACACGUCCUGGGAGCAGAGGUUCAAAUGCUUCUUUGGAGGUGCUUUCACCAGAACCAGCGUCCUUCAAGGUUGAUACUGCAAUCAAUUUGAACUCCGGUAAAGAGGGCCACUCAGAAAACAGCAAUACAGAGGAAAGUAGAAACAGUAAUGAUGACAAUGGGGAAGACUACUCUGAGAAGAUAAAAUUGGCUGAAGAUGGGUCAGAUGAAGAUCUGAAUUUAGUUCAACAUCAGAUGAUCCCUAGAUGUUCAGAUGAAUCUGAAUUAAAAGAAGUAGAUUCUCAACUCCAUGAUGCUAUUCAGAAGAUGAAGAAGCUUGAUAAGAUAUUGGUGAAGAGACAACAUAAAGAAAAAGAAAUUAAGAAGCAAGGCCUAGAAAUGAGAAUAAAGCUGUGGGAAGAACUUAAGUCUGCAAAACGUAGUGAAACUUUACAAAGUAAUGAGGAGAUGGAAAAUACAAAAAAGUUUCUGGCAUUGACUGCUGCAUCAGAAGAAACUGUUGUAGAUCCUUCUUGCUGUGAGCAUGAAGAUACAUUUUUCUCGGUGUUUCACACUCAAGUCCCUCCAGAAGACUAUGAAAACUACAUACAGAAUGUCAAUCAAGAUUUUACCUAUGAUGUGGAAAGAAAUGAGUCAUUGAUCAAAGCAGAAAGGAAACCUUUCUCAAAUACAGAAAAUACUGAGCUCAGGGGUAAACACAGCCAGGAUUUUAUUAAGCGGAACAUUGAGUUGGCCAAGAAUUCAGGACAGCCAGUGGUUAUGAUUGAUAGAGAGAAGAAAAGGCUGGUUGAACUUUUGAAGGACUUAGAUGAUAGCGAUUCUGGACUCUCCAGUUCUGAGGGAGAUCAGUCCAGCUGGCUGGUCCCAGGAGAAGGAUACUCGCUUGCUGUCACCCAGCACCAGCAGCUUGCUGAGAUUGAUACCAAACUCCAAGAACUCUCUGCAGCCUGCCCAACAGUUUGGAGCUUUUCUUCAAGACCUGAGCCGCAGUAUGACGAGGAACCUGGCCUUGAUGGUGGUGGAAGAAAUAUGGAAAUAACUCCAGGAGAAAAGGUACUUCGGAACAACAAAGAACAACGGGAUCAGCAGAAUCGGUUGAGAGAGAUAGAUGAAAAGCUAAAAAAGAUGAAGGAAAACGUGGUAAAUCUUUUUUUUAAAAUUUAAAGCAGACAAUGAUCAUAUUAAAAAUGUUCCAGCUUCC